ACAUCCAUGACAGCCAUGACGGACCAUACAACCGUUGCCUCCACGGUGACCUUGGCGACCGGAGACCCUGGCUGCAGCCUGGCACUGUUGUUUACAUAAAACUGUGCAAGAUAGUGUUAGACAAAAGGCUACUGAAGGAUAUUGAACAGCUCUCUACAGUGGGGCAAACAUCAGGCCUGGAAUCCUUCCACUCCUUGCUUCUGAAAUUUGCUCCCAAAUCAACGGCAUACACUCCAAAAGUUAUGCGUGCAAGGACGCAAAUCGCUAUCCUGCAUUUUAAUGAAAAUGCUGACCGCCCACUUGCACGUCGAAAGGAUGGUGGUCUGAUGUACAGGAGAAAGCUAGUUAAGACGAAAAAGGGCACGGAAGUAGUUUCUACCAUGAAGACAAAAGCAACACAUAGGUAUGUAGACCAUCUUUUGAGGGAAGCAAUGACAACUUGCCAAGAUGUGAGCUACAGUGAAAUGGUAGCAGCCUGCAAAAGCCCUGAGCCUGCACCAAUGACUGCACAGUACGAACGGCAACCAAAGGAGGUCCUGAUAGCUAGAAGAAUGCUGCGGUUCCCAACAGAGUGAGCUGACUGCUGCCAUGACGUGUGCCUCUAACUGGAACUUAGCCUGAUUGAGAAAAAAAGCCCCUCCAUCCAUGAG